GUCAGGUUGAAUUCGGGUUUUGACAGGUUAAAACAGGUUGGGGUCAAUUUUGGUUCAAAUCGGGUUCGGUUCAGGUCAAUAAUUUACGGGUUACAUUCGAAUCGGGUCCUCUCUAGGUCGGUUAAUGUUCAAGUUCGGGUCUCAAAUACUCGGGUCAACUCGGGUCUCAAAUACUCGGAUCAACUAGGGUCUAGGGUUGGUUUCAAAUCGGGUUAGAUUGGGUUCGGGUCACUAUUUUUUUCGGGCUCAAACGGGUCGGUUAAUAGGUCGGGUUUGGGUCGGUAUUUUGGAUCGAGUCAGCUUUUGACAGCUCUAUAUAUAUAUACACCGUCAACAAUGAAACAUACGUGUUGUUCUAAGACCAUCCAAUAAUAUAUUAAUCGAGAACUCAUAAAUUAAAAUAAAAAUAAAAAAUAAAAAAAAAUCUCAAGAUUAGUAUCACCGCGGAAGGUUUAGGAAGGCAAACCAGUGGCUACUAUAUUUGAGGGAUAUGCCUUUUUACUCCCUUCUCUCCACAAAUUUAGCGAUGAUUUUGCUCAUUUAUUCCGCUUCUUUCACGUGCUCUUCAAGGAUUCCAAUCUUCUAUUUUACUUUUUUUUUUUUUAUUUUUUUUUAUUUAUUUAUUUAUCUAUUUUAUUUAUUAAUAAAUUUUUUAGCGAUUUUCAUGUUAUACCGUCGGACUUUUUUCAACAUUUUCCUUUUUAUUUUUCCUCCUAGCUGUAUCAUACCUGUCCUUUCUCUCUCUACUUUCUCUCAAAAACACAUUGUGAGAAAUCCAGAUUUUAGAGAGAAAACAAACAAAGAUAAAACAAAAAAAACAAGGGAGAUUUUCCUUGUGCAUUUUAGCAGAUUCUCAGCCAAAAGGAAAAGGGGAGAAAAACUUAUUAAUGAGCUGAAAAAGAAUGUAUAUAUUUUGUAACAUUUAUAUAUAAAUACUCUCCCCUUAAUUCCUAGUUUGUGCUGUGGUUUUUUUUUUUAAAAAAAAAAAAAAAAAAAAAAAAUUGAGGUUGUAGUGUUAGUAUACCUAUACACAUUGUUCUUUUUUAACAUCUGUUGCGAUAAAGUUGUGUAUUUUUGAACCUUAUUGGUCGUCAACCAGAUAGGCAAAUUAAACAUCCCUUGAGUGGGAGGAACGAAGGAUAUAUAGAAAUGGCACAAUUACCUCCAAAAGUUCCUAACAUUAUACCCCAGAAUUCGAAUCAUCACCGUCAUCAACAACCACAACAACAAUGGCAAGAAUUCAUGCGCCCUCAGCAGCAGCAGCAGGAGGUGGGGCAGAACCCACCGUGGGUGGACGAGUUCAUGCAGUUCUCGGCAGUGAAGCGAGGAACACACCGGAGGACGGUGAGCGAAUCGUCUGUGGCAUUUGUCGAGGCUGGGGCAGUACCAUUCUUAAACGGCCCGUUCCGUCCACCAGAAACAUUAUCGGGGAGGAGUAAAACCAACAAUCAUGAGGAGUUUGAUAAGUUCGACGAUGAUCAAUUUAUGUCUAUGUUUAGUAAUGAGUUAGGAGGGUCGUCUUCGAAUCCGUCAUCGACUUCGGAUCAUAACAGCACGAAUGAGGAUCAAAAGAGAGGGAUAACGAGAAGAGGGGAGCAGGAAUUAGGAGGUAGAGCGAGGGUGGAAGACGGCGAAAAGGCAGAAGAGGUAGAGAGUUUGCGUAAAUUUGAUAAGGAAGAAGCACAAGUUGGUGGUAAUAAAAAGGGUGGCAAUGUAGCUGCUGCUGCUGCUGCAGGUGGUUGUAAUGAUACAGGUGUUGUUGAUGCUGACCAGCAACCUGUGGUUGAUCCAAAGAGGGUUAAGAGAAUAUUGGCAAAUCGACAAUCAGCGCAAAGAUCAAGGGUAAGGAAGCUGCAGUAUAUAUCAGACCUUGAGCGCAGCGUUACUACUUUACAGAGUGAGGUAUCAGCAUUGUCCCCAAGGGUUGCAUUCCUGGAUCACCAACGCAUGAUUCUAAAUGUGGACAACAGCACUCUCAAAGCUAAAAUUGCAGCACUUGCCCAAGAUAAAAUCUUCAAAGAUGCUCACCAGGAAGCAAUGAAAAGAGAAAUAGAGAGGCUGAGGCAAGUAUAUUACCAGCAGAACCUAAACAAGACGGAAAACAUUGUUCCACCGCCUACAUCCUCAUCUUUGCUACCAACAACCGCUCAGCCCCAACCACCCGACACCACAGUUCAUAAGAAUGAGCAGCUUACAAGUUAAAAAAAGAAUGUAUUUUUCCAGUAUACUGUACUAUACCUCAAUGAUGAGAGACUUCAUGUCAGAAAUUCUUUGUACAGAACAAUGUAAAAAUGUUCCUCUGGUUUCUCUUUGUAACAUAGAUAUGAUUCUCACAUGCAGAUGAAAAUGCUGAUUCCAAUGCAGUGUAACAUAACAGAUUAACAGCAUACAUUAUAGUAAGCAGGGUAAUUUAUACAUACAGCUUAUUAGGAGUAAAAGUUUAAAUUAAGCUACCACUCCAUAGUUGAUUACUAGCUUCAAUUACUGAGAAGAUUAGACCAAAAGCUAGUUAAAAUUUAAUCACCAAGGAUAUAAGGAAGUACAACUGAACAUGUUAUAGGAUACAUGCCUAGAAAGCAAGGUUAUAAAUAUUCUCCGCAAAACAGAGCUCCGAGGCCUCCAACACAACACACACUGUGAAUCUCAGUUACUCCCAAAAGUCCCAUAAGAGUA